AUGUCUUCAUCAUCACCGAAAAUAGAAUUAUAUUUGGCUAAAGAUCUUGAAGAGUUGAAUGAUAAAGUGACAAAGAUUCCGGCGUUUGAAAAACUGAAAACGUCAAAUUGUGUGACAAUAUUGAGCUUGAUUGAACCAACAUGGAAAGAUGCUAAAACUGCAGAGCAAAAUGGCGAUGAAGAACGUGCCUAUAUUCAAUAUAUGAGACUGUUUGAGUGUUUACACUUCUUGAAAAAUACAAAUGAAGAUAAACAAAAUCCGGCAAAAGGAAGUGGCAAAUACAAAUUAACAGCUACACUAUGGUAUGAAAAAGCUCAAGAGUUGUCAAAUAGUUUAAAAACUAGAUAUGACGAACGCGAUAAUAAAAACCGCAUGGAAGAACAGAAAAAACAAGAUGAAAUUGCUGAAGAAAAAUCUUUGGUUACAACGAUUCGUCCUCAACAACUUUAUAAAUAUUUACAAAAAAAUCGGCAAAUAUUACUUAUUGAUAUGCGUCCAUCUUCACUGUAUAAGGAAUCACAUAUGAAAUAUUCAUGUUGUAUUAAUAUACCAGGUGACAUGGUAGGCGAAAAAGGUUGGACUCCAUGGUAUGUUGAAUCGGCUUUAUCGGAUGAACAAUCAAAAUUAAUGUUUAAAAAUCGUUCAUCUUACGAUUACAUUGUAUUAUUUGAUACUAAUAGUGUUUUUGAAAAAAUAACUGUGGGUCAUGUAAUACUCGGUUUAAAAAAUGCUAUUUAUACGUUCGAUCAAGACAACAAACUUAAACAUCAACCACUAGUAUUGGACGGAGGCUAUGAAGACUGGUCGAGUAUAUAUCCGGCUGAAAACACGGCACCAGUACCAAAAAAAAGCACCGAUGAAAUUCAACCAUUUGAGGUACACUAUCCUGAAGAUAUUUAUCUCCCAGAAGAAAUACCCGCUAAAUUACCCACAGCUGUUUUCGUUCCACCAUCGGAGGAAGUGAAACCCGUGGUAAAACCAGCAGAUCAUGACCAAUUUAGUCAACAAACUAUAGAAAAAUUAUUGCCAUUGAUCGAUCGUGCUCGUAAACCGAAACCGCCUCAGCAGCAAAUUCCUUCCAAGGUAGACGAUGUUAAUGCUAAUAUGAAAUAUUCAGAAGAAUUAGACGCAGAAAUAAAAAAAACAACAGAAGAACAGACAAAUAAAUUACCCAUCGAUAGUCAGUCAGAGAACAAUCAAAUUUCAAGUACAAUAAGUGAUUCUCCUAUUCGUACUGAACCUGUGAUGCCAAAUCGAGCGAAGAAGCCUCAGAUAUCAACAAAUGGCAGUCAAAAACCGAUUAUUGAUGAUACAAAUCAUACGUUAAUGCCUAAUGUCAAGCCCGAGGUUUCAUUAGCUAGUCCUCAACCUUCGACUGACGCAGAAAAUAUUCCUCCACAACAUGUUCAGAUACCUCCACAGCAACAACAACAACGACAACAGGUAGGAGCACCGCUCUCUCUUGCUCAAAAAAUUCCACUGGAUACUGUUUAUCGGCCCUUUCUAAAAAGUACACCGGUGGAUGCUGGAAAACAGAUCUAUCAAAAAAAAUUUGAUUCUACUACAGGAAAAAAAAUAUUUUUGGAUCCACGAAACAAUCAAUUAAUAAGUGAUUUACCUGACGCUGAACGUUACGAAACACCACGUAUAUCAACACAAUCCGAAUCAUAUAGCACACCUCAACAAAUCGUUCAAACACAAGAAGUACCAAAUCGUGUAGUACCUUCAACUAGUACUGUUUCAAAUGUACCUCCGACAAUCGAGCGAUACAAAAAACUGUUGAUCAACAAGCAACAAAUAGCUGCUGAUUAUUGCGCUAUGCCGCUAACCGUUAAACCUCAGCCAAAUAUGCUAACUGGUUUAGAAAAUCUUGGUAAUUCAUGUUAUAUGAACGCUGUUAUUCAAAGUUUAUCGUACAAUCAUAUUUUGACAAAUUAUUUUUUAUCGGGUGAUUUUUCCAAAGAUAUUAAUGUAACAAAUAAAUUAGGUUAUAAUGGAGUUGUGGCCAAUGAAUAUUUGAAACUUGUUCAUGCACUAUGGUCAAGACAAUUUGGCUCAUUAAGACCGAUACCAUUUAAAAUUGUCGUAGGAAAAAUUCAACAAGCCUAUUGGGAUACAAAACAACAAGAUGCUCAUGAAUUUUUAGUUUUUCUACUCGACUGUUUACAUGAAGAUUUAAAUAGAAUACAAACUCGUCCAAAAAUGAAUGAAAUAAAAACGGAAGAUUAUCAUGAUAAUGAUACUCUAUUAGCGGAUGUUACAUGGCGUGCAUUUAAAUCACAUAAUGAUUCUAUUAUUGUCGAUCAGUAUCAUGGUUUAUUUCGUUCAACGGCCGUCUGUUCUAUAUGCAAACGUUCGUCAAAACGUUUCGAUCCCUUUAUUUGUCUCAGUUUACCAAUACCGCCUCGUAAUGUAAGUACAAUUGAAGAAUGUCUAUCUAAAUUUGAAGAACCCGAAUUAUUAACUGGGAAUUCAAGAUGGAAUUGUCCGAAUUGUAAAGUACAACGAGAUGCUAGAAAACAGAUAAAAAUCUGGAAAUUACCAAAACAGUUAAUUGUACAAUUCAAACGUUUUCGUCUAACAUCUGAUAAUAGAUGGGUUAAAAACGAGUCCUUAAUUCGUCAUCCAAUUAAUGAUUUUGAUUUAACUCAAUGGACAUUAACAUCAUCUCCAAAAUAUUCAUUAUAUGCCGUUGUCAAUCAUUUAGGCUCAAUGAAUGCUGGUCAUUAUACGUCAUACUGUAGAGAUUUUCGAACAAAUGACUGGUAUCUUUGUAAUGAUGACAGAAUAACCCAAAUUAAUCCAACAGAAUUAUCUAAAAAUCAAAACGCUUAUUUAUUAUUUUAUACUUCGAUGAAAAUGCCAAUUAUUUCAAUGAAUUCAAAGUUAUCUUCAUCUCAAAACUAA